GAUGCUGCCUCCAUUAAAGUCCUGCCCUGCUUGCUUUAACCUGCUGUUCCCUUUCUUUCAGUCUUAAGGCCCUCCUAGCUGGGAAUCCUCCAGACAACAUGGUGGAUCUGUCAGGCAUUCCUCUGACUUCCCGUGACCUGGAACGUGUGACCAACUACCUUCAGCGCUGCGGAGAGCAAGUGGACAGUGUGGAGCUAGGCUUCACGGGCCUCACGGAUGACAUGGUCCUGCAGCUACUGCCAGCACUCAGUACCCUGCCUCGCCUCACCACACUAGCCCUCAAUGGCAACCGAUUGACCAGGGCUCUGCUGAGGGACCUCACUGACACCCUGAAGGACCCCAGCAAAUUCCCCAACGUCACAUGGAUUGACCUGGGCAACAAUGUGGACAUCUUCUCUUUACCCCAGCCUUUCCUGCUCAGCCUGCGCAAAGCGGUCUCCAAAACAGGGUCACCUGCCAACCAUCCUGGAGCUGGGGGAGGGGCCAGGUACUGGGGAAGAGGCUAGGGAGGCUACAAGUCAGCAGGACCCUGGAGGAAGCCCUGUGACACCUGCUGAAGACCA